AUUUCAAAAAAACACAUAGAUAACACUCUUGCAAAAAAUCAAUAUAGAGAUACUGGGACAUGUAGAAAUAGAUAAAAAUCAAUCUGAAUAAAUCAUAGUAUAUAAUUUAUAAAUUGCUUAUAAUCAAAUGUUGCGUGAAAUGAGUACAAUUUUGUAUAUAAUUGUUCUCAUAAGGUAUAAUUUGCAAGAUAUAUUUCAAAGAUAUUAUUUUCCGUACUGGCAAAAUUAUUAAUACUACCACAGUGUUAUAGGAGAAGUCAACCGUAAAGCUUCGUUGACAAUUAUAAUAAAGCGAUUUUUUUAAAAGAACUAUGAAUUGGCGUCCGAAAAAUAUUCGAGAAUCAGUGUAUCCUCUUUUAAUACUUAAUUGGAUAACAGGUUUAGGUUUCAAUGAUUAUCCAAUUGGCAAUAAAAGAAAUUAUUUAUUUCUUAUUCCUAUAUUUAUAAUUACAAGUCUUUUUUGGUGUAUUACUUAUGUCAAUAUACAAUCGUUCAGUAUUGCCUUCAAAGAUGUGCAGAAUCAUUUGUUUCCAAUUACUCUGCUCCUUAAUACAAUGGCAGCAACAUCGGCAAUGAUUUACGGUUGGUUCAAUCGUCAAAGAAUGUAUAAACUAACGGAAAGUAUGCAAUCAGUAGAUGAUUGUUUUGAGUAUUUGGGAUUAAGGCAAAAUUAUUGUAAAACCUUUAAACGACUGGUCGUUUUAAUAAUUGUAUAUUUAAUUCUAAUUUGUAUGACAGAACUGAUUUACUUUAAAGAAACUUCACGGUUCUUCAUAUCUUUACUACCAUUUUAUACGACAACUGUCGUAGAUAUAAGUAUUAACUUCUGUAUUAAGUGAGUAUAUAUUUGAUAGGAUAAAAAUUGUUUAUUACAAAAAGUGUUCGACAUUCCAGAAAUAAUAAUCGUGAUAUUUUAUGCAAUAGGUUCAUUGAAAUAAAAUUAAAAAUGUUAAAUAUUUUGCUGAAAAAAUACUACACUGUAAAUUUAGAACACAAAAGAAAUCGUCGAUUGUUUAUCUCUCAGUUAUCUAAAGAUGUCCAAAUGGGAUUUUCGUUAAAGGAAAAGAAAGAAAAAUUAGAAAUA